AACUGUCCAGUGAAAAUCUUAAAAGUGUGCUGUCAUCGAAGGAAUAUACCGAAAAGAAAGCAAACUUUUUAUUUUCUAUAAAUUAGAAACAAUUAAUUUAAAAAAUGUCAAUGAUGAGUGAGUACAUGAACCGAAAUUUGCCGGAUUACGAAGUUGGAAUAAAAAAAGUAGCAUUCAGUCCUUAUGCUGAUAAUGGAGGGAGUGUGGUUGCAAUUGCUGGAGAAGAUUUCUCAAUAAUAGCUUCUGAAACUCGUCUAAGUUCUGGAUACAGCAUUUAUACUCGUAACCAAGAAAAAUUAUUUACACUUUCUGAUAAAACUGUACUUGGUUGCUCUGGAUGUUGGUGUGAUAUUUUGACAUUCACUAGAAUACUUGCAGCACGUAUGCAGAUGUAUAAACAUGAACAUCUGAAAGAAAUGUCUACUCCAGCUGCAGCACAGAUGAUGUCAACAAUGUUAUAUUAUAAAAGAUUUUUUCCUUAUUAUAUAAGUAACAUCUUAGCAGGGUUAGAUGAAAAUGGAAAGGGAUGUAUAUUCAGCUAUGAUCCUAUUGGUCAUUGUGAAAGAAAUAUGUACAGAGCUGGAGGAUCAUCAGGUGCUUUGUUGCAACCUCUGUUAGAUAAUCAAGUUGGAUUCAAAAAUCAAGAAGGUGCAGAAAAGGAACCGUUAACUCAAGAGAAAGCAUUGAAAAUUAUUAAAGAUGUUUUUAUAUCAGCUACAGAACGAGAUAUUUUAUGUGGUGAUGGAUUAACCAUUAAAAUUAUUACAAAAGAUGGCAUUAAAAGUGAAUAUUUCGAACUGCGAAAAGAUUAAACUGCAUCCUUAAAGGAUUUUUUUUUACAAUAGAUAUAAAUUAUAACUAUUCUUCUCCAAUAAAUUUUCAAAAAUUGAACAAGA